AUGAGGAAUGCUCUUCUUCCACCAGUAUCUUCCCAUCUUUACAACUUCGCCGGAGCUGGUUUUGCCUUGAUUAAUUGGGGUGUGGAUACACCUUAUGGGGGUGGACCAGAGUUCUUGAUCAUCAGGAACAAUGAGGUUCAGAUGCCAAAUUUGGACGUCUCUAUGUCAAUGGAUGGAAAAAUAAACGUCCAUGGUACUAGCUUUUAUCUGGACUCCAAAGUUUUCAAUGAUGGCCACCAGCUAAGAGAUGGAGGCUUCUCUAUUCCUUAUCAAUCAGUUGUUAACUAUCAACCAGGUUGCCAAUCUGUAUCCUCUACCUGCAGCAACAUCUCACAGCAGUUGAUGCUACCAAGCAAGAGGGUCUCUAUUCCAGAAGUUCAAAUGGUAACCAGUCUAUUAUUCCCUCUUACAUUUACGUGUGAGAUGAGAAAUAGGGACUUUCAGGCUAUGCAAAUGAGGAAAAGGUCAAUUAAUGAGCUUAAUAGCUUGUUACUCCAAAGAGGACCUGGAGACUUCAUAGAAAACAAGACUUCUUUGGAUACAUGGAAGACAAAUAAGAGGAAGAAGGCUAAUUCCCCUGAAGAACCAUGGAUUCACCAAGCCAGAGAAUCAAUCAACAUCCAAGAGCAAAAGUUUCAGGUUCCUGUGAGGAGAAGCCAAAAACUUAGUGACAAAAUUACAGCUCUUCAAAAGUUGGUUUCUCCAUAUGGCAAGACAGACACUGCCUCGGUUCUUCAAGAGGCUUCUCUUUCAAUCAAGCUCCUUCAAGAACAGAUUCAGAUCAUAAACUUGGAUCAGCACGUCAUAUUGACAAAAGUCGCACUGGAUCCAGGCCUUAGAAAUCUUCAUUCUUCAACAAUACACAUACGUAAUCAGAAGGGUUGCAAGGUUGAUCUCCGAAUCUGGUCUUUCUACCUCGAAUGUGUCCUGAAUUGUCUCAAAGGUUUAAGAUUGUACAAAUCAGGACUUCCUGAGAUUCCUAAGGCACAGAUAAUACCUGAUUCGCCUUAA